AUGAACAAACUAACACUGUCCGGCAAAACAUAUCACUCGUAUUCUUACCUAAGUUUUCCCAUUCUAGAAUUCAAUUCCACCCUAACCGGAAGGAGUCACACACACUUUACCAUAUCUAAAUGUCCACAUGAAUACGCGCCUGCAUAUGACAUGGACAGAUUAUUGAGAAAUGUGGCGUCAAAAUGGCAUAUCACUGGACCACAAGAUUUGCGUGUACCACGGACGCGUUUCAUGACCACCAAUGCCUCAGAAACGUCGCUGGUGUCCUAUGGCGUCAACGGAAUUCCUAACUGGUUUUUUUAUGUGCUCGGUCGAGAUGUUGAAUUCAUCUCUAAACGAUGGGAUAAUGCACUUUUCACAUGGAGUCAUAGUGCACACGAGUAA